CAGAUCCUCAGUCAGUGUGUGAGGGAAGAGACGAAGUAGAGACCUGCUCACACGCAGACCCGCUCGCUCACGCACACUCCUUCUCACUCUCAUACUCUCAUUCUCCUCCUCUCUCUCUCCCUCGUGCUUGCAAGGAACGAGAGGGCGAACGGAAGGGAAGAAUGAGGAAGAAGUCCUCUGUGCUGCGCGCCUCGUCCCAACAAAUGCGGGUUUGCUGAUGAAGCGCCGCUCCGGUCAUCCGAUCAUACAGGUCGCACAAGUCGCGCUGCAUGGAAACGAGGAGUAGGGGCCACAACAGAAAACAACGGCAACAAAAACAACUGCCAGUGCAUUGGAAUCCGGACUCCUCUCCCCCUUUAUUUGUGCGUCUCGGUCGGUGGAUACGCCGUCUUGGCUGGCGUAUAAGAGCUCCCUGCGUCUUCAUUACCAUUCCCCACUACUGGCUUACCUCUGCUCCUCCUCGUCUUACUCCUUGUACUGCUACUAUUAUUAUUAGAACCAUAUUGCUGUUUUUACUACUGACUUUCUUCUCCGGAUUGUGGACAAUCUCUGGAUAAAAGAUCCUCAUUAAUCGUCAGCCUAGAGUACUGGUCUUGACAUCAACAUGGGCCGCUGGGGUCACUCCUCCCUCCUGUCCCCUGCCCUCAGGCUAGCAGUCGUCACAGCGAUUCUUCUCUUCGAGCUUCAUCCCUCAUUGGCCGGCGCUCCCCCCGAGCAGAGCUUGGGGAGCUCUGUUUCGGCAGUGUCCACAAAUAAAACUGAAUGCAGCAAGGCUGAGGCGUGUGCAAAGGGGGUGCUCUUACCUAUUUGGGAGCCCCAAAACCCGUCUUUUGGUGACAAGGUGGCCCGUGCAACAGUUUACUUUGUAGCUCUGGUCUACAUGUUCCUGGGUGUGUCAAUCAUCGCAGACCGUUUCAUGGCAUCAAUAGAGGUCAUCACGUCACAGGAAAAGGAGAUCACCAUCAAGAAACCCAAUGGGGAAACCACCACCACCACUGUUCGGAUCUGGAACGAGACUGUUUCCAAUCUCACCCUCAUGGCUCUGGGCUCUUCGGCUCCUGAGAUCCUGCUGUCCGUCAUAGAAGUCAUAGGUCAUGGGUUUCAGGCUGGCACACUGGGCCCCUCCACCAUUGUGGGCUCUGCAGCGUUCAACAUGUUUGUCAUCAUCGGACUAUGUGUGUACGUUGUGCCCGACGGCGAGACGAGGAAGGUCAAGCACCUCCGCGUCUUCUUCGUCACGGCCACCUGGAGUAUCUUCGCCUACAUUUGGCUCUACUUGAUCCUGUCCGUGAUCUCGCCUGGCGUUGUGCAGGUGUGGGAGGGGCUGCUCACGUUCCUCUUCUUCCCCAUCUGUGUGGUGUUCGCCUGGGUGGCCGACCGGCGCCUGCUGUUCUACAAGUAUGUGUACAAGCGUUACCGCACUGGCAAGCAGCGUGGCAUGAUCAUCGAGACGGAGGGAGACCGUCCACUUCCUUCCAAGGUGGACAUUGAGAUGGAUGGGAAGAUGCUGAACUCUCAUGGUGUUGACUUCCUGGAUGGUCCGCUGGGUAUGGAUAUAGAUGAGAAGGAUCUGGAUGAGGAGGAGACCCGGAGAGACAUGGCCAAGAUCCUGAAGGAGCUCAAACAGAAACACCCUGACAAGGAGGUGGAACAACUCAUUGAACUUGCCAACUACCAAGUGCUGAGCCAGCAGCAGAAGAGCCGUGCUUUCUAUCGAUGCCAGGCCACCCGGCUGAUGACAGGCGCUGGCAACAUCCUGAAGAAACACGCAGCCGAUCAGGCACGAAAGGCCGUCAGCAUGCACGAGGUGCGCUCUGAUGCUGGUGAAAACGACCCCAUCUCUAAGAUCUUUUUCGAGCCCGGUUCUUACCAGUGCCUCGAGAACUGCGGCACAGUGGCGGUGAACGUGGUGCGACGUGGUGGCGAUAUAGGCAAAACAAUAUCUGUGGAGUACCGGACAGAAGAUGGUACGGCCAACGCUGGCUCGGACUACGAGUUCACAGAGGGCGUGGUGGUCUUCAAGCCUGGGGAGACCAUGAAGGAGAUCCGUGUGGGGAUCAUUGACGAUGACAUCUUUGAAGAGGAUGAAAACUUCCUGAUUCACCUCUCCAAUGUCAAGGUGUUGACAUCAGAAGGCGAGGAGCCAGAGGAAGGCGAGUCAGCUAAUCACGUGGACUCAGUGGCCUGUCUAGGCUUACCCUCCACAGCCACCGUUACCAUCUUUGACGAUGACCACGCCGGUAUCUUUACGUUUGAGGAGCCUGUGUGCCAUGUGAGCGAGAGUGUUGGCACCAUGGAGGUGAAGGUGCUGAGAACGUCCGGGGCUCGCGGCGUCGUCAUGCUGCCGUACAAGACGGUGGAGGGAACGGCGCGAGGUGGCGGAGAGGACUUCGAAGACAUUCACGGCAUCCUAGAAUUUCAGAACGACGAGAUCUUGAAGACCAUAACGGUUAGGAUCUUAGACCGGGAGGAGUACAAUAAGCAGUCCUCCUUCUACAUUCUGCUUGACACACCCGAAUGGAGACGCGGAGGGAAGGAGUCGACAGAGGAACAACAGAUGGAAAAGGAGGAGGAAGAAGAGCCGCUGGCGGGAAAAGAUGAAGAGGAACGACGCAUUGCUGAGAUGGGCCGCCCCAUGCUGGGAGACCACGUGAAACUGGAGGUCAUCAUAGAAGAAUCAUAUGAAUUCAAGAACACAGUGGACAAGCUGAUAAAGAAGACCAACCUGGCUCUGCUGGUAGGAACCAACAGCUGGAGGGACCAGUUCAUAGAAGCCAUUACCGUGAGCGCAGGCGAAGAUGAUGACGAUGACGAGUGCGGGGAGGAGAAGCUGCCAUCAUGUUUCGACUACGUCAUGCACUUCCUCACCGUCUUCUGGAAGGUUCUGUUUGCUUUCGUCCCACCCACAGAUUACUGGAACGGCUGGGCCUGCUUCGUCGUCUCCAUCUGUAUGAUUGGACUGCUCACUGGCGUCAUUGGUGACCUGGCCUCUCAUUUUGGCUGCACAGUGGGCCUGAAAGACUCAGUCACAGCAGUAGUAUUUGUUGCAUUGGGAACAUCUGUACCAGAUACCUUUGCCAGUAAGGUAGCUGCUAUCCAGGAUCAGUAUGCAGACGCAUCCAUUGGUAAUGUGACAGGCUCCAACGCUGUCAAUGUUUUCCUGGGCAUCGGGGUGGCAUGGUCCAUCGCUGCUAUCUACCACAAUAGCAGGGGGGAGGAGUUCAGGGUAGAUCCGGGCACGCUGGCCUUUUCUGUCACGCUCUUUACCAUCUUUGCCUUUAUUGCCGUCGCCACACUGAUGUACCGACGGCGGCCAGAGAUCGGUGGUGAGCUGGGAGGGCCCAGGACUGCGAAGGUCCUGACCACCAUGCUGUUCUUCAGCCUGUGGCUUCUCUACAUCCUCUUCUCCUCACUGGAGGCCUACUGCCACAUCCAGGGCUUCUAAGAUCACAGCAGUUGAUGAAGGGAAGGGUGGUACAGAAGGAAAACAUGGAGGAAGAAACCAAGGGGAGAUGGAUAAAUGGAUGGAUUUUUGGAAAUGAAGGCUGUCUCAUUGAUCUAUCACUCCCUCACUUUACGCAAUAGAUUAAAUAACAGAUGAAUGGAUGGAUGCACAAAUAAAGGAAUGGAGCACGCAUUAAAGCGUCUAAAAACAGAAUGGAAGGAUGUACCGCUGCAUGGAAGGACAACAAAAAACAGAAAAAUCAUAAGAGCUAGAGAAUUAGCUCGGAAGAUGGAAAAAUGGCAGAAAAAGGAAUAAACUAAGGAAUACUUUUUGUCUUGAUCUAUAAAUCUAAACCAAUCAAGUAAACCUCCCCCCUUUUAAAAACAUAAAACUAACCUCCAAAGUCUCAAACACAUAUAUACACGCAAGAAAUAAAUACACGCAAUGUGGCCCAGCUGGUUCAGCUAUACAGAAAUAAAGUUUUAACAAGACAAGAUGCCAAAAGUUAACAGACAGAUGCACCAUCAAAGCUCCGAGGAUGUUUGGCUUCAACAACAGCGAUCUCAUUAAUCCCCCUCCAGUUUCAGUGUUACUCUCACAUCCAGCUGUUGUACAAGGCACGGAACAGAAAAGGUAUCAGUAUGUAGAUGCAUGGCCAGACGAUACUGAAAAAAACACAAUCAGAAGAAACCGGAUAUAUUGCCACAACUGUUUAAUGACAACAAACUGUGUGUGUGCUGGUUUGUGACUGUGUGUUUCUGUGCUCGUGUGUUGUGGGAAGAUGGUCAAGUACUGUGAAAAAAAACACCUCUUGCUUUGCUAUCGCUGCGUGAGAUGGAAUAUGCUUUCGUAUUUGAGGUAUUUUUGACCCAGCCUAUAGAAACCCUGAGUAAGACUCUUUAGUGGGAGGGCACUUUCAAUGAAGCAAAAUGUUUUGAACAUCACUGAGGUUAGAAAUGUAUAUACAGAGAGCUGAACGUACAUUACAGCUCCGCUAUUUUCCUUCUGAAUGUCUUGGUUACGCCAUGCGCUCCUGAUUGGGCCCGCUCUCUGUUGCUUUAUACUGUAGAUGUAAAUGAUUUAAGGUCUAAUUUCAAUCAAGAAAGGGUUAGUGUGCUUUUACCUUUAAUAAGGCCAGGUCUGAAAGGACAAAAUGGCCACUCUACCGUUUAAAACUGUUAGAGAUACUAUUAUCAUUACAUAAAUAUCUAGGUUAAUCUUACAUGUGUUUGUUUUUUGUUGUAUUUAUUUUUUUAACUGUUACCUGGUUUUCCACCGGUGAGACUGCCAGGACCACGAGUCAAUUGUAACAUUACAAUAGACUUUGAAAAACGUAGGUACCGCCGUCUGUGAAACCUCACAGGCUCUUUGGUUCUUAACCGCCUCUGUCGUCGUUUAUUUCACUUGGAUACUGCUUUCUCUUUGGUUGACUAAACAGCUUCAGUCAUUAUCCCUGUGUGUCUUAAGCUCCUCCCCCUGGCUGGUCAGUGGACCAAUCAAAAUCCUCAAGGGCUUUGUAAGAAACAACCACUAAUCCCUAACCCCGACCCUUGAUUUAUAAUUCUUCACAUAGAUUGGUCUUCAGGGGGCUAUUUAACUAUUUAAUUUAAGUACAUACACCAACUGCUCAGUUGUUAGGAUUUUGUUUCACUGUGGCUUUAGAAGAAAAAAACAAGACUACAUUUCAUUUGAGUUCAGACGUUGCCAGUCCAAGUAUCCAGAGUUACUAAAUAUUGAUAAACGCAUAACAAUGAUCAAAAGUGCUCGGUCAGAUGAUGUUUCAACCUUUCUUGGUGUCUUUUGCAGUUGAUUACAAAGACUGAAUUGCGGUCAGUCUUAUCUAAAUUAAACCAUCCAUGUAAAGUUCUUUCCCAGGCCACCUCUACUAAUUAUUACUUCUUAAAUAUGCUACUCUUCAAGCAUGUGGAUCAUAAAGGCCUUAACCCAAAGGAAGCAGUGAACAUUUGACUUUAUAUUUUUUCUUUAUUCAAGCGCAAGUAUUUGUGCUUGAAUAAAGAACCAUAAUGUAAUCUGUGUGAUUCACUGCUUCACGCUGACAUUGGAAAUCAACCACUGACACUUUACUUCAGCAGCUAGUCUGCAGUCUUAACAUGAGACCUAUCAGGUGAAGGAAUGGUUCAAAAGUAUUUGCUGUUGGUGGAGAAGUAGACUUACUAACAGAUACAGGUAAAAACUGUAUACAUCUAAUUUCAGAUAGCCAGACUCUGUUUAAUAAACAGAAGUUAAGAGUCAAUUGUUUUGUUUUUUUAAAUUAGGAUACUGAGAUUUCUUCUAAAUCCUAACACACCAAAUUUGAUUGGCUAAGAUAUGUGUUGGAAAACACCCAGCCCAGAAACUGCCCCUCAGGGACCUGUAUGACAAAGUGAGUUCAGUUUAGUCACGCUGUAUUUGGGUUACAUUGGUGAUUCUGGAUAACCUGUCUUGAAAACCAAGUGGCUCUGUUAUGGUAGAGUUCAUAGUUCAUUACCAUAACAUUAACACUUCAAAAACAUCAUGUUUAAUAUGAGAUGAUAUACUUUAUUUAGAAUCAUUAUCUGAUUGGGUAUGCAAAAAGAGUUUAUAUUUACACCGUCACAUUAUGCUUUCACCUAGUGCCAGUAAUGGAAGUAAAGUGCAAAGAACAGCGACAUUAAAGCCAUCACUGUGAAUCUGGGUGAGACAGGAAUUAAAGAAUUCCAGCACAAUUAUCCAACAGUAGAUGUUAUUAAUUAUUGAAAACGAUGUGGUUAACUUUUCCAGCUUAAUGCCAAAAAUCCUGUAAUAAAACCUAAGUAAAUGUUUCCUUUCUCCCUGAUAUAACAAUCAUGGAAAGCAAAGUGUUGCUGUGUGCUCUUUAUUACUUGUGUUGUACUUUAGUCUAUUUUAGGAGCCUGCAGGAGUGAUGCUUGUGUUUGUCCAGUUCAUGCUCAGUAGCUGUUUGACAUAAGUUACCUUGCUGAUCUAGCCUAAUCAAAAGUGAACCGUUCAUGACAACAGAGAGCCUUGUUAAAGCUCAAAGUAUAACUGACUAAGUAACUACGCUCACUUUAUGAUACAGACAACAUGGGUUCUACAAUUAAGUUAUCUCUAGCGUAAUUUUAUUGGUUUGAAGACAUUGGAUCUUACAUUGUCACAGUCCUCUUCUAAAUGACCUUUGAACCAAAAUCUGGCUUGAUUAGUUUCCAUCUAGAAAAUUGUGGCUUAAAACAAACGACACUAGCUACUAAGCAUGUUCUCAAACAACAGCCAAGCUUGUUUGAGAAUCCUUGUCAAGUGCUGGGCAAGCUAGCAAACGUGUCAAUGCCUGCUUCUCAGGAGCAUGAACACCAUCUACACUAGAAUACAAAACUUUUAGAGCAGUCAAAUGAACCACAUUAAACUGCAAAAAUAACAAACUGACAUCAGCAGACACUACUUUUAUGAUUCAGUCAUAAAUAGUCAAGAAAUAUAUCCUGAAACUAUUUCUAUGUGUGUUUUUGGUUAAAUGAAGUGUCCCAAAAGCCUGUCCUGAAAUAUGCAUAGAUUAUAAAUCUCUAAGCCUCGACUGUCGGAGAGGUUUAGACUUCAGACUGUUAACGCGUUCAGCCAAAAGCAGAGAUCUCAACGUUCACAAAACAUAUUGUUUAUGUAGGCAAGUCCAUAGUUUGUUGAAUGGCACUAUACUAUAUGCAUCUGAAUUGGCCAGAAUUUUCCUGCUGAUGUUGUGUUUUUUUACUUGAUAUUGAUAUUGAGAUUAUAAGUAGUAUUUUAAAUGUCAUCUGUAAAGUAGUCUGGGAUAGAUGUAAUCCAUUUAAAACUUGGCAAAAAAUCUUGUCACAGACAGCUUUCAACCCCUGUGAGAGAGUACGAGCGGAGCAGAACCCUGGAUUGGAAGAGUUUGGCAAAUCCACAGUCUCUUGAGGAUAAGAUAUGUACAAUUUUAAAGGUUUUAUAAUCUGGCAUACUACUGAUUCAUCAAAUGAUGCGCCUGAAAUAGACUACCGCUCCAGAAAGACAGAAUGAAAAUUUAAGUAGAUGAUGCUACACAGAGGUCCAGCAACAUGGCUUGCACACUGAAAUCCAAACUCACAACUCUAAAACUAAAUGCUCUGUAGUAUGCAGUCUUGUUAUUUGCAGAAUAAAUGUUGUACAAAUUGAGAACAGCUAUAACAACACUAAAACAUUUGUAUAAACUUUAAAAUACACUUUGACAGCCAAAAUGGAAUAUAAAUGAGAUUUUACUUAUACUUGCCAAACUCUGUACAAUGUGUGGCUCCAUUAGAGUAGCUGUUCUCUUGUGAAGGCCUUGGAGUGGCAGUUUACCCCUGUUUUGCCAAAGGGAAAUCUUUCUAUCAGAAACAUAAUAUUUACAGUCCAACCACGUGUAAAGGGUUUUCUAACCAAUUAAUCUUUCUUAAAACACCAAAUAUUAUUCAUAUUUCAUUAACACUCUGAAAAGAGACAAAAAUGCCUUGAUGUUGUUUUAACCUACCCAGAAUCUUUCUAUUUAAAUUUGUAUGCGUUUGUCUCUUCACUGGCAUGGAGCUAAAGGUUUAUACACUGUAAAAAGUUAUUGCUAGCUUGCGCAAAAAAGAAAUAACAUUGUGGAAGCUGUUUGCAUUACUUUUGAGUAACUUCAACAGGGUAUAAAUUAUCUUUCAGAUUGCUAAAUCAUGUUGGAUUUACUUAAAAUGUGCCUGCUGCCUAAUUUGUCAGAGUGAGUUUGUGCAGGAAUGAAAAGCUUGCAGUAAUGUAGUUGUUCGCAUUAAAUUAGUUUGCUGCACAAAUUUUCAAGAAGCUAACAUAUUUCACUGAUGGGAAGUUAGUUCUUUUGUUACACCGGCUUUGUUGCACCACCUCUCUCAGUGUAUCUACCUUGACUUCAAAGCUAGUCUGACGUGAAGCUAAUGGCAGAUUUACGACAGCUGUUCAAAGCCGCACAGGGUUUAGACCAAGGUGGGAAGCUAAACACGGUUAAUAACUAGCUGUGACUAGCUUUAGCUACCAUGAUUGUAAGUACCCAAGUUGUUUCUAUUCUAAAGCAACAUUUUCAGGCAAUGAAUCAUAAUAGCAUUUGAACUUAGCUUCCUACCUUGGUUUGGACUUCUGAGGUUUGAAGGGUCAAAGGUUAGCCAGGCCACCGCUGUAAAUAUAACACUAAGAGCACGCAAGAAGUAGAAAUAUUAGCUGUAGACUACAGUAGAUUUUUGUAUUCUUCUGUGGUAAGGUUUGAAGAAUUGGGCAGAGUUUUAAAUGGAAAAAAAAGCAUUGCGCUGGUUCUUGUUGCUUAUGUGAAAUGGCUACUAUGUUGUUUUGUUGAAAACGUUAACAAAGUUGCUUCUGAUGUAAACAACAACAACAGAUUUUGGGUUUUUUUUGACUCUGAUGUACACAAUAAUAAUGUUGUACCUGAUGUAGAAAAAAAUACAAUGGUGUUGAAUCAGUUGUGAACCAUUAACGAUGUUGCUUCUCAUGUAAAGAUAGAUUACGUGUUUUCGUUGCCUCGUUCACUUCUUAACUGACUGUCUGUCUGACAGACUGAGGAAUAGCUGAAUGCAACACCAAACAGACAGACAGACAAACGAAGGAACGAAUGGAAGGACAUACACCCCUGCUGGUUCAAGCUGAGCAACGUCAUGCUGAGACGUUUAGUGAUUCAGCGAUUAGUGUACUGUUGGAAAAAACAUUACCAGAGCUAUUCUCUAACCUUAAAGUAACAUUUAACAAGUACAAUGUAAAAGGAUGAUGAUAAAGAGAGGAAUGAGGAGAAGGAAGAUGAGGAGGAGGAGGAAGAUGAUGAACAUUAAAGAAAAAAAAACAUGAAGUUACAGCCAUACAUUGAUUUCUGGGUCAGUGAGACUGAAAUGGACUUCUCCUGCCCAGCAUGUGUAUUGUUAUGGUGUCUAUCUGUCCCUCUGUGUCUCUUCCCCCCUCUUUGACUAUCUUUCUUACUAUGUCUCUCUGCUGCCAAAAGCAAACAAAUGGGCAGCAAUCCUUUUGUUCCGUCUUCUCUUCUUCCCAAAUCCCCUUUUGCCCUACGUCUCCCACUGUUUCCAUAUUUUGGAAUGUCAAUGUGCUACUUGUUGACACUGUGCAUGAAUGAUAACAUGUCUGUAUAUAGAUAUAGAGAAUUGUAUCCCAUUCCCCUGUUGUUGACAAAAAAUAGUUUGAAUGUUGUACAGAUUCAGGUUUUCUGUUCAUCUUUUAUUCUGUUCAGUUACUUUUUUUAAUGUAUGUAGAACUUAAAAACAGUAUGUUUUUAAUGUAAACAAAGGCGACAACGUCUUUUGUUUUGGAGUAACUUGCACAUUACUGAUUCAUUAAUUAAGGGAUUUUUUUUUUUGGUUAAAAAGGCAAUAUUUGCUGUUAUUGAAUGGGAGAUGAGAUCUUAAAGGAGUUAUGUAUCUUAAAUAAAUAAACUAUACAGGAGUUGCAUGGGUUAUUUGUACAAAAAAAGACACUGCUUGCUACUUCUAAUACUGUGGCUGUAUUCUCUGAGAGAGGGUGAGGAAUACUGGAUGUACAUCUAAAGGUUAUUUUGUCAUUAAAGAAAUAAUAAUAAUAAUAUUGUGUAUAUACUGUACAGUGUUAUAAGUGAGGUGGACUGUAUGAUCAUCACACUAACCGUAGAGAAACUCUACAUAUUUAUUUAAAGGAAACAAUAAUGCUCACUACACUCAAGAAUGACAUAUAUUGCCUUUUUGGAUAAGUUGUAGUUUGCUUAAAGCUUAUUUCUCUAUUGAUGCCUUGCUCUUUCUCACUCAUCCUCUUUCUUGUUCCCGGGCUGAUUUAUAUUAUUUGUCUCUUUUUUUCCUUCCAUCUUUCGCCCUGUCAUCUUUUAAGUUUCUUAUUGAGGGGCGUUUCAGAUGGACUUUUGUCAGUCUUUUCACUGUUGAUUAUGACUCAGACAGUGUCACUUUUGUCUGUCUGUCUGGUGUAUCCCACUGACUCAACAGUAUUUCCAUACCUGCUUGUACACAUCUAUAGUUAAGUACAAUAUAUCUGCCUCCAUGUCUCCAUCUGUCUUAGUCUCUCAAAGGAUCAUUUGUCUGUACUUGAGUCACCAUCUGUCUGAUUCAGAACCGUCUGUCAUUUUUCGUGGUUUCUAAAUCCCUUUCUUUCCUUAAUCCUUCCUUUGCUCCAGCACAUCUUUUUCCACCUCUAUAUUUUUUUCCUCUAUCCAUCCUUUCUUUCUUUCUGUCUCUGUCCUUCUCUUUGCUCUCACAGGCUAUAGUCGGGAAAUAUCAUGUUUGUCAGUUUGAUUUGGUGUGUUUUUUAAAAUGAAACAAUAACCGCAACAGUUAUAUUGUUGGUAAUAAUGAAGAUAAUUUUACUCUUGUUUUCUUGUUCAUGUUUUGGUUUAUGUUUUUUUGCCGCUGUCCUCUGUGUGUGCGUGUGUGUUACUUUUCUUUUGUUUUUUAAUUAAUUUUUAUUGAACACCAACUGAUAGAAAGUUGUUGUAUGUGUGUUGCCACUAACUGUGACUGCUCUCCAUGGUACUUCUGAUAAAACCAAUAAAAUAAAGUUUGGGAUACCCUGUUUCAGAGAC